ACUCCCGCCUCACUCUGUGUUUACGUGGAGACGUAGAUGGCGGUGGCGACCGCUGUACUCGUGUGGACGAGGACGAUUCGCCAGUGAUUGCAGCGACUGACUGGUUUUGUUCCGGGGGGGAGGCAGCUCCCGGCCGGGCCCUGCGGCCUGGGUCGCGGAGCUAGCCGUCCCACCUCGGUCUGAACCGAUUUUUCCUUUCUACCCCCGACCCCCUCCCUGUUCUUUCCCUGCCUACCCCGCAGAAGCCAUGGAGGACGAAGAAAGAAGGAGAAAGGUAGAAGCUGGCAGAGCGAAGCUUGCCGAGUUUCGACAAAGAAGAGCUCGAUUGGAUGGACAAAACCCUCAUAAGAAGCCAAAAAAGAAGAAAACCUCAAGCAGUAAAAAUGAUGUUCAUGGCUUGAAUAUUGAUCAAUCAAAGAGUGAGGAGACGUUCAUAAAUAGUUCUCAGGGUGUUGGAUCGGCCGUGAUGCCUGAAUCCACAAUAAUGAGAACUCUAAACAAUGAAGAAAUGCUUAAGCAUGAGCAGGUCUUUUGUGUUGAUCCGGAAAGUGAGAUUUCAACCACAGCAGAUGAUUACUCUUCGGAGGUAAAUGAUUGCUGUAAUGUGGUGAAAACAGGAAAGCCUACCAAUUUAUUAAUGGAAGAAGAAUUUGGUGUCGUUGAUUCUUAUUCUGAACAAGGCGCACACUAUAGUGAGACUCGCCUAGAGUUGAUAGAAAACGAAUUAGUUGGGAAACCCGAACAUGAGCCUGAAGAACUGAACAGAGAACUGGAUGAAAUGAGGGCCACCUAUGGGACUGAAGGAUUCCAUCAGUUACAAGAAUUUGAAGCAGCAGUUAAACAAAGAGAUGGUAUUAUCACACAGCUCACCGCCAAUUUACAACAGGCAAGAAGGGAAAGGGAUGAAACGGUGAGAGAAUUUUUAAAGUUGACGGAGCAAAGUCAAAAAUUGCAGAUUCAAUUCCAACAAUUACAGGCUAGUGAAACUCUACGAAACAGCACUCACAGUAACACAGCUGCAGAUUUACUGCAAGCCAAACAACAGAUUCUCACUCAUCAACAACAGCUUGAAGAACAAGACCAUCUAUUAGAAGAUUAUCAAAAAAAGAAAGAAGACUUCAAAAUGCAAAUUAAUUUCUUACAAGAGAAAAUUAAAGUAUAUGAAAUGGAACAAGAUGAAGUAGAAAAGUCAAAUAAAAAAGAAUUACAGGAAAAGGAGGCAAUCAUCCAGGCGUUAAAUAUAAGAAUAAUAGAAGAAGAAAAAAAGAAUCUUGAGCUAAAAGAUCAAGUCACAGCCACUGAAAAAUUAAUGAGAGAAUUACAAGAACAAUUUGCAAGUAUGAAAUUAGAGCUGGCUAAUUCUAAGCAAAAAGAAAGACAAUGUUCUGAAGAAAUAAAACAGUUAAUGGGUACAGUUGAAGACCUUCAGAAAAGACAUCAUUACAUAAAUAGCCAGUUUGAAUCUGAUGUGAUAGAAAGAAUGGUGGAACAAGAAAUGCAGAAAAGAUUAGAACAACUCCGAGCAGAUAUGGAUGAAAUGUAUGGGCAACAGAUAGUACAGAUGAAACAAGAGUACAUGUCACAGAUAGAGGAACUUAAAGCACAACAUAAGGAAGAAAUUGAGAGUGUUUUAAAAUCACAUUUAAAUAUUACAAUUAAUGAAGAUCAAAUAAAGUUAAUGAAUGUGGCAAUAAAUGAACUGAAUAUGAAAUUACAAGAUACUAAUGCUCAAAAGGAAAAACUCCAAGAAGAACUAGGAAUAGUUUCAGGAGAAAAAUCUACUCUGCAGAGACAACUUGAUGACCUUUUUGAAGAAUUGAACUUUUUAAGGGACCAAAUUCAGAGAGCUAGAAUGAUAAUAGCUGAACAAGAAAGUCAACUGAAUGAAGCACAUAAGUCCCUUAGUACAGUGGAAGCUUUAAAAGCUGAGAUUGUUCUGGCAUCUGAAUCUAGGAAAGAACUAGAGUUAAAACAUGAAGCAGAAGUUACAAAUUACAAGAUAAAACUGGAAAUGUUGGAAAAAGAAAAAAAUGCUGUAUUAGACAGAAUGGCUGAAUCACAAGAAGCUGAAUUAGAGAGGCUGAGAACACAGCUCCUAUUUAGUCAUGAAGAAGAACUUUCGAAACUAAAAGAAGAUUUAGAAGUUGAACAUCGAAUAAAUAUUGAAAAACUUAAAGAUAGCUUAGGCAUUCACUAUAAACAGCAGAUAAAUUGCUUACAAAAUGAAAUGAGUCAAAAGAUAGAAAUAAUGCAAUUUGAAAAAGAUAAUUUGAUAACUAAGCAGAAUCAGUUGGUUUUGGAAAUUUCAAAACUGAAAGAUUUACAGAAGUCCAUCAUGGAUUCAAAAUCAGAAGAAAUAACCCUUCAAAUGCAUGAGCUCCAAGAGGAAAUCGAAAUAUUAAGACAAGAAAAAAAAGAAAAAGGUACGCUUGAACAAGAAGUUCAGGAAUUACAACUUAAAAUUGAAUUAUUGGAGAAACAAAUAAAGGAAAAAGAGGAUGACCUUAAAGAAAAGUUUUCACAACUUGAAGCAGAAAAUAACAUUCUUAAAAAUGAGAAAAAAGCUAUUGAGGACAUGUUGAAAAUUUAUGUUCCUGCUGAACAAGAAGAAAAAUUGAUUUUCAUUGACUCCAGCAAGUCCAUAUCCAAAGAUUGUAGCUGGCAAAAAGAAAUGGAAAUGCUUGCAAAAGAGAAUGAGGCCCUCAAGCAACAGUGUAUUCAGCUAAAUGAAGAAAUUGAAAAGCAAAGAAGUACAUUUUCAUUUGCUGAAAAAAAUUUUGAAGUUAACUAUCAAGAGUUACAGGAGGAGUAUACUUGCCUUCUCAAGGUAAAAGAUGAUUUAGAAGAUAGUAAAAACAAACAAGAAUUAGAGUAUAAAAGUAAACUUAAAGCACUUAAUGAAGAGCUUCAUUUACAAAGAAUAAAUCCAGCUACAAUCAAAUUGAAAAGUGCCAUGCUUGAUACUGACAAGGCUUUUGUCGCAGAGCCAUUAGAAAUCUGUGAAGUUGUUGAGAAAGAUACAACAGAACUUAUGGAAAAACUUGAGGUAACCAAGCGAGAAAAGCUAGAAUUGUCAGAGAAAUUGUCUGAUCUCUCUGAACAAUUAAAACAGAAACAUGGUGAGGUUAAUUUUCUCAGUGAAGAAGUCAAAUCUUUAAAGCAAGAAAAAGAGAAAAUUCUAUUGAGAUGUCAAGAGCUAGAACUCCUAAUUAACCAUCAUAGAGCAGAAAAUAUAAACAUGUGUGAUGUUCAUUUAAGCUCUUUACAAGAUGGAAUAGUAACUAUUAUAAGCAAGGAUUCUCAAGGAUCAUUAUCUAAUGUAGGUGAAGAUUUUGGAGAAGAAUCAAAAACAGUAGUGGAAGAGAAAAUUUCUUUUGAAAAUGUGGCUAUUAGAAGAGAAAGCAAGCAAGAACAGUUAUUUUCACCAUCAGUAACAAAUGAAUCCUCACUUGGGACAGAUCAAUCAAGUGAAAACGAUAAACUCCAUCAGGAACUUUAUGUUCUUAAAUCAGAACAGAAUGAUUUAAGGCUACAGAUGGAAGCUCAGCGCAUAUGCCUUUCACUGGUUUAUUCAGCUCAUGUGGAUCAGGUUCGUGAAUAUAUGGAAAAUGAAAAAGAUAAAGCUCUUUGCAGUCUUAAAGAGGAGCUUAUUUCUACUCAAGAGGAAAAGAUCAAGGAACUUCAGAAAAUAUACCAGUUAGAACUACAGAAUGUAAAAACACAAGAAACAGAUACCAAAAAAAUUAAACAACUUGAAGAACAAAUUCAAGAAUUAGAAAACUUCAUAUGCUUUUUGCGCCAACAAUUGAAAGAAACUGAAGAAAAUCAUAGGGCAGAAAUUUAUUUUCUACAGGAGAAGCUUCAAGCCAUUAGUGAGGCCACAGUGGACCCAAGCUUCUCUGUUGAUUCAGUGGUAAUUAAAGAAUCUGAUGUACAGAAAUCAGUAGUACAUCCUGGAAGUUGUCUAAAAAAGAAUAUUGAUCAUUCAUUAGAGUUUUCUAAUGAAUGUGGAAUGAAACAAGAAACAAAUAUGGUUAAAUUGUUGGAAAAACAAUACCAAGAAAGAUUAGAAGAAGAAAUAGCUAAGGUCAUUGUGUCGAUGAGCGUUGCAUUUGCUCAACAAACUGAACUAUCUAGACUAUCAAAGGGAAAAGAAAAUACUUUGUCAUCAAAACAAGCACUUACUUUCUGUCAGCAAAAUGAAAAACAUUAUUUUAAUGAAAUGAAAUUAUCUCAGGAUCAAAUUGAUCUUCAGACUUCUGAUGCAUUGGACAUGAAAUUUAAAGAAUUUAAGCCACUUAGUAAAGAGUUAGGAGAAGAUGGAGAAGUUCUGUUACCAAACAGUGAUCAUCUUGAUGAUAUAGUAGAAUCAGAGGUCCACCAACUAACUAUUUCAGAAGAAAUGUUCUCCAAAGACAAAACUUUUAUAGUUAGCGAAUCUAUUCAUGGUAAGAUGUUGGCAUCAAGCAUGGAUGCUUCUAGACAAGUGAUGUCAAACGAAGAACAGUUGGAAGAUAUGAGGCAAGAACUUGUACGACAGUAUGAAGAACAUCAACAGGCCACAGAACUGUUGAGGCAGGCACACAUGAGACACAUGGAGCGACAGCGGGAGGAACAGGAGCAGCUACAAGAAGAGAUUAAGAGACUUAAUAGACAGUUAGCCCAGAGAUCCUCAUUAAUUAACGAAAACCUGGUUUCAGAAAGAGAAAGGGUGCUUUUAGAGGAGUUGGAAGCACUAAAGCAGCUGUCUUUAGCUGGAAGAGAGAAGCUGUGUUGUGAGCUGCGCAACAGCAGUACGCAAACACAGAAUGAAAAUGAAAACCAAAGGGAAAUUGAGGAACAGACAUUGAAAGAAAAGGAAAUGGACAGAAGACCUGAAGAUGUACCUCCUGAUAGUCUGUCCAGUGAAAGGUUUGCACUCCAGAAAACUAAUAACAGACUUCUGAAGAUCCUCUUAGAAGUUGUAAAGACUACCAUAGCUGUUGAAGAAACUAUUGGCCGCCAUGUUCUUGGGAUUUUAGAUAGAUCUAGUAAAGGCCAGUCAUCAGUCAGCCUUAUUUGGAGGUCAGAAUCAGAGGCAUCUGUAAAGUCAGCUAUCCAAGAGGAACACAUAAGAGUUAUAGACAGAUCCAUACCCUCUUAUUCUGGAAGUGAUAUGCCAAGAACUGAUAAUAGCAUGUGUUCAAAAGUAACUGAGGAAGGAACAGAAUUAUCACAGCACCUUAUAAGGAUUGGUUUUGCUGGAACUGAAAUAGAUCCUGAAAAUGAAGAAUUAAUGCUGAAUAUUAGUUCUCGACUACAAGCAGCAGUUGAAAAAAUACUGGAAGCUCUAAGUGAAACUAGUAGUCAGCUUGAACAUGCAAAAGUUACACAAACAGAAUUGAUGCGUGAGUCAUUCAAACAGAAACAACAGGCAACAGAGUCCCUUAAAUGCCAAGAAGAACUGCGAGAGCGCCUUCAUGAAGAGUCUAGGGCCAGAGAACAGCUGGCAGUGGAGCUCAGUAAGGCUGAAGGUAUUAUUGAUGGCUAUGCAGAUGAAAAAACUGUUUUUGAAAGGCAAAUUGAGGAAAAAACUGAUAUAAUAGAUCGCCUUGAGCAGGAGUUGUUACGUGCAGGUAAUAGGUUGCAAGAAUUGGAAGCAGAACAACAAGAAAUCCAAGCAGAAAAAGAAUUAUUGUCAAGACAGAAGGAGGCAUUAAAAGCAGAAUCAAGUCCAGCUGUACAAAAAUUACUACAUGAGACAGAAAAAUUAAUGAAGGAAAAGCUAGAAUUGCAAUGUCAAGCUGAGAAAGUACAUGAUGAACUUCAAAAACAAAUGAAAGCUUUAGAAACAGAUGUUGAAGAACAAGUCAGUUGGUUUAUAGAGAUGGAACAAGAAAAAAAUGCUGAAGUAAUGGAUUUAAGACAGCAAAACCAAGCACUAGAAAAGCAAUUAGAAAAAAUGAGAAAAUUUUUAGAUGAGCAAGCCAUUGACAGAGAACAUGAGAGAGAUGUGUUCCAACAAGAAAUACAGAAGUUAGAACAACAACUUAAGGUUGUGCCUCGAAUCCAGCCUGUUGGUGACCAUCAAACUAGAGAGGUUGAACAAUUAACAAAUAAUCUAAAAGAAAAAACAGACAAGUGCAGUGAGCUGCUUCUAUCAAAAGAACAGCUUCAAAGAGAUGUACAAGAGAGGAAUGAAGAAAUUGAAAAGCUAGAGUUCAGAGUGAGAGAACUGGAACAAGCCUUACUUGUUAGCACAGACAAUUUUCAAAAGGUAGAGGACCAGAAACAAUUUGGAGCCUUAGAAGCUAAAGCAGAAUUGUCUCUAGAAGUGCAACUGCAAGCUGAGCGAGAUGCUAUCGACAGAAAAGAAAAAGAGAUAACAAACUUAGAAGAACAACUAGAGCAAUUUAGAGAUGAGCUUGAAAAUAAAAAUGAAGAAGUUCAGCAACUACAUAUGCAAUUGGAAAUACAGAAAAAGGAAUCCACUACCCGUCUACAGGAACUUGAACAAGAAAAUAAAUUAUUCAAGGAUGAAAUGGAGAAAUUGAGAUUUGCCAUGAAGGAUCCUGAGGCUAUCUCUACUCAUGACCAGCAUAUGCUAUUUGGGAAAUUUGCUCAAAUAAUACAGGAAAAAGAGGUAGAAAUUGAUCGAUUAAAUGAGCAAAUUAGAGACUUUCAUCAACAACUUAGACUUACAACAGAUAACAAGGAUUUUGAAGAAAAAAAUGAACUGGUAAGGGAUCUUGAAGCCCAAAUAGAAUGUCUGAAGAGUGAUCAAGAACGUUUGAAGAAAAAUAGAGAAGAAGAAACAGACAAGCUCAAUGAAGUGAUUGAAAAACUUCAGGAGGAAUUGUCAUAUAUUGAACAGAGUAUGUUGGUGGAUACCAGUUCGCCCUCAGAACAAGAGGACAGCUUGAAACAUCAGUUGGAAAAGGUUAUAGCUGAAAAGCUGGCUUUGGAACAGCAAGUAGAAAUCACUAAUGAAGAAAUGGCCUUCACAAAAAAUGUACUUAAAGAAACCAAUUUUAAAAUGGAUCAGCUAACACAAGAAUUAGUCAACUUGAAGAGAGAACAUGACCCUAAGGAAAAAAUCCAAAGUAUACCAGAUGAAAGUGUUAGCAUGACUAUAGAUGAUAUCAGCAAAGACCAACCCGAACUGGAAGUAAUCCAUAUUGAAGAUGUUCUGAAACCCCCUGAGAGCAAUAUGUAUCUCAGAUCUUUUGAAGAAAGCACCAAAGUUUCCAAAAAUUUGGAAAUAAAACUGCUACAGCUUGAGAGCUCUGUUAGCGCAAAGGACUUAGAACUUAUCCAGUGUUAUAAACAAAUAGAAGACAUAAAAGAACAAGGCCAAUCUGAAACAGAAAUGCUUCAGAAGAAGAUUGUAAACCUACAGAAAGUACUUGAGGAGAAAGUAGCUGCUGCUCUUGUAAGUCAAGUCCAACUUGAGGCAGUUCAGGAAUAUGUGAAAUUCUGUCAAGAUAAAGGAGUAGCUUCAUCAGAACUUGAAAAGGAAAAUAUGCAGAAUUUAAAUCAAAUAACAGAAAACAAGAUGGAGUCAGAUAUGUCUGCAUUAACCUUGAGAAUAUCAGACUUAGAAAGACAAGUGAUUGAAAUGCAUACUACUUUGAUUUCAGAAAAAGAACAAGUAGAAACUGCAGAGAAAAAUGCUUUGGAAAAAGAAAAGAAGCUGAUAGAAUUGCAGAAGUUAUUGGAGGACAGUAAGAAAAAACUAGAAGGAAAAGAAAGGAAAAGAAGCCCUCACGGAGAUUUUGUUCUCAAGACAACUACUGAGUUAAUAAAUGCCAGUGGAGAAAGUGGAUUUUUUGAAGAACUUGAGGCUCUUAGAAUCGAGUUGGUGGCUACCAAAGAAGAACUUGCCACUUUCAAAAAAAGGACAGAAAAACUUCAAAAAGAGCUUUUGGUAAAAGAGACCAAUAUGGCAUCUCUUCAGAGAGAUUUAAGCCAAGUUAAGAAUCAACUUGAUGAGGAAAAAAAGAAAUUAUCCCACUUCUUAUUAAAAGAGGAUGAGUCUGAAGUACCAAUAAACAGAAACAUCUGCUUAGAGCCACUUCCUAUUGAAGUAGGUAAAAACACUGCAUCCCAAACGGACCAAAUACUCAAGGUCAACAUGAGCAACCAGACUCCACAAAUUCUUGUUAAAAAUGCAGGAAUUCAAAUUGAUGUACAGACUAGCUGUUCCUCAGAAAAAGUCUCUGAAAUAAUUAGGCAAUUUACUGAAAGAAUUGAACACAUACAAGAACUUCAUGCCGCUGAAAUUUUGGAUAUGGAAUCCAGACAUAUUUCAGAAACUGAAACUUUAAAGAAGGAACAUUAUGUUGCUGUUGAGUUACUGACAGAAGAGUGUGGUACAUUGAAGGCAGUGAUACAGUGUCUGAGACCUAAAGAGGGAUCCUUGAUGCCUGAACUAACGUAUUCUAAUGCUUACCAAACUAGAGAAAUAUAUUCCAGUGAUUCUGGAUCAGACUGGAAUCAGGGAGUUUAUCUUACACAAAAUCAGGGAUUUGACACAGCAUCAGAAGGACGAGGAGAAGAAGGUGAAAAUUUAACAGAAUCAUUUCCAAAGAAAAUAAAGGGAUUACUGAGAGCUGUUCAUAAUGAGGGCAUGCAGGUGCUUUCUCUCACUGAGUCACCAUCUGGUGAUGGAGAAGAUCAUUCUAUUCAACAAGUUUCAGAAUUUUGGCUAGAAGAGAGAAGAGCUUACCUUAAUAUCAUCUCAUCUCUUAAGGAUAUAAUUACCAAAAUACAAGUGCAAAGGGAAUCUGAGGUUUAUGAUAAUUCUCAAUCUCAAGAGAGCCUCCCGGACUGGCGAGGGGAAUUUCUACUUGCUCUCCAACAUGUUUUCUUAAAGGAGUGCAAUGUUUUGCUGGCUACAUUUCAGACUGAACUGACAGCUCUAGGCACUAAAGAUGCAGUUGGAUUAUUAAAGUGUUUGGAACAGCGAAUACAAGAACAGGGUAUUGAAUAUCAAGCAGCUAUGGAAUAUCUCCAAGAAAUAGACAGAAGAAGCUUAUUAUCUGAAAUUGAAGUACUACGUGCUCAAAUUAAUGACAAGAAAAUGACCUUGAAAAGAGAACAAGAAAAUGAUAAACCAAACCUAGAACUUAUGGAAUAUACUAUGCAGCAGAAGCAGUCUCAAAUUCUGGAGAUGCAAGUGGAGCUCAGCAAUAUGAAAGACAAAGCAAGUGAACUUCAAGAACACCUGAGUUCAGAAAAAAUGGUAGUUGCUGAACUAAAAAAUGAACUUGCACAAACGGAAUUAGAACUUGAAACAACACUCAAAGCACAGCAUAAGCAUCUAAAGGAAUUAGAAGCAUUCAGAUUGGAAGUAAAAGACAAGACUGAUGAACUACGUUUGCUUAAUGAUACACUAGCAAGUGAACAGAAAAAAUCAAGAGAGCUCCAGUGGGCCUUAGAGAAGGAAAAAGCCAAAUUGGGACGCAAUGAAGAGAGAGAUAAAGAACAACUUGAGGACUUGAAAUUUUCACUUGAGGAUCAAAAACAGAGAAAUAUUCAACUAAACCUACUUUUGGAAGAGCAGAGACAACUACUAUAUGAAUCACAGCAGAAAACAGAAUCACAGAGAAUGCUAUAUGAUGCCCAAUUAUCAGAAGUACAAGGCCGAAACUUAGAGCUUCAAGUACUUCUUGAGUCUGAAAAAAUUCGAAUUCAAGAAAUGAGUAGUAUUCUAGAUAGGGAACGGCAGUUCCAUGCACAGCUACAUAGCAGUGACAGUAGUGGGCAGCUUCGGUCAUCAUUACCCUCAGAUGACCUUCUUAUAGAGCUACAGAAACAGCUGGAGGAAAAACACCGUCGUAUAGUAGAGUUGUUAAAUGAAACUGAAAAAUACAAACUGGAUUCUUUGCAAAUGAGACAGCAAAUGGAAAAAGAUAGACAGGUUCACAGGAAGACAUUGCAGACAGAACAGGAGGCCAAUACUGAGGGGCAGAAAAAAAUGCGUGAGCUCCAGUCCAAAGUUGAAGAUCUUCAGCGCCAGCUGGAGAAGAAGAGGCAACAAGUUUAUAAGUUAGACCUUGAAGGAAAGCGAUUGCAGGGAAUUAUGCUGGAAUUUCAGACGCAAGAAGUAGAAAGAGAAGAAAAACGAAGUAGACGAAUUCUGUAUCAGAAUCUUAAUGAGCCAACCACCUGGAGCUUAACCAGCGAAAGAACAAGAAAGUGGGUUAUUCACCAGAAAACAGGAGAGGAGAAAGAAUAUGAUUACCCUGAGGUGAAUGGUGGAGAAACUGAAGUAGAAAUGCUGAGACAAAAACUUCAAGUGGUUGCUUCGAAACUGCACCAUCUAGGCCAGAAAGCCUAUAAUAGACUACAGUUUGAAACAGCAGAUGAUGAAGCUUUCAUUUGGGCACAGGAAACUAUUGAUGAAAUUACUUUACAACUACAGAAAUUAACUCACCAACCAGGUGAAGAGCCUACCUUAGUAUUACCAGGUACUUCUGGGUGUUCAUUGACUAAAAGACUACUCAGACAAAAUACUGAACUGACAGGAUAUAUCAGCCAACUGACUGAAGAAAAGAAUAAUUUGAGGAAUGUGGUCAUGAAGAUGGAAGAGCAGUUGAGGCGCUGUCAACAGACAGGAACUGGUGGAGAUUAUUCUUCUAGGUUUUUAUUCUGUGGUGAUGCCAACCUUGAAGCCAUUAUUGCUUCUGAAAAAGAAACAUGGAACAGAGAAAAAUUAGCUCUUCAGAAAACCUUAAAAAAAACGGAAGCUGAAGUAUAUAAACUGAAAGCUGAACUGAGAAAUGACACUUUACUUCAGAAUCUGAACACUGAUUCUGAAAAUGUAAAGAGGACUUAUGGUAAAUACUUGAGGGCAGAAAGUUUUCGAAAAGCUCUCAUUUAUCAGAAGAAAUACCUGCUGCAAUUAUUGGGCGAAUUCCAAGAAUGCGAGGAUGCAACCAUAACGCUGCUUGCCCGGAUGGGGGGUCAGCCAGCCUUCACCAAUCUGGAGUUCAUCAGCCGCCCAAAGGGUUUAUCCAGAUUUCGUUCAGCUGUCAGAGUGUCCAUUGCAAUUUCACGAAUGAAAAUUUUGGUUCAACGGUGGCAGCAAGUCACAGGUUCUGGUUCCACCAAUGUUAACAGGGAUGGCUUUGAACUGAAUCCAGGUGCUGAAAAGACUGACCCAUUUUAUCAUUCUUCUGGUGAACUAGAUCUAGAUGGAGAACCAAGACAUACAACAUACCGCUCAAGAUCAGAUCUGGAUUCUCCUAGGUGCCUUUUACCAUUUCAAAAUAGGUCUCCAGGCACCCUAGCUGAUUUAAAUCCUGGUUCCACGGCGUGCUCUCACCUUCAAAAUUAUGACCCUGAUAGAGCCCUGGCAGAUUAUAUCACUCGGCUAGAGGCACUACAAAGAAGACUUGGAACUGUACAGACAGGUUCAACUACUACAUUUCAUAGUGGUAUGAGAAGAUAAUACUUUAAAAACAUCAAAAGUUGAAGUGAUUUUAAACAAAUUCUCUUUUGUAAAUCGAAGAUUCUUUUCUGCUUUUAUAUUGUGAAUAUUUAAUGGGACCAAAACAAACACAGCUUAUGAUUGUAUCAGAUCUCUUGCACAUGAAAACAAACUGGAAUUUGUACAUACAAGCAUUGUGUAUGUAUUCAUGCACAAUAAUCACUAAAUUACGUGUAUAUUUGCGGAAUGUUAAUUUAAAUAAUUAAAUUAUAAACCUUGUGUAUUUAUCAAAUGGGUGAAAAGAUCAAACUUUUGCCGAUAUGAUACUGCUGAAUGUGUAGCUUAUGGUGUCCUGCACUUUUCAUUUAAGGCUACUGAAAUUACAUGUUUCUGCUUAAUAUAUUUGCUACUGGUGAUGAAGACAGAAGAUAUCACUUGUAGACACCUAUUUUUGUAUAAUGGUAGAAGUUUUGAAUUUUAUGGGAUAUUUUGUCAAAGCACUGAAAAUAAAAAUGACUUCACCAUUUUCACCACA